GCAGACAAGGGGUCGACAUCGUGUUCAUGUCUCGAUUGGGUGGAGGAAGCUCUGGGUUUGGGGGUGGGCGGUUCCGUCGAUUCAGCGGUCGCCAUGGGGGUCAUGAGGAGGAAUCGGAGCCUUCCUCCUCAUCAUCUGGGUCUUCUUUGGCCGGAGCCACGUCUCUGAUGGGUCCUAGGAUGGGAGGGGGCUUGGGACCCAAUGGGUACUCGGUUGUUCGACCAGAUAUGGCGUACUAUUGCUUUGAUGUGCUGUAUUCCCAUCUGUAUCACAUGGACCCGCCGAGGACGCCAUACUUUCCCAAUGAUUUCUAUCCUUUGUUUGUCACCUGGAAGAUUGGUAAGGACAAGAAACUCCGAGGAUGCAUUGGCACUUUCAAUGAAAUGGAGCUCCAUGAAGGACUCAGAGAAUAUGCGGUCACCAGCGCCUUGAAGGACUCUCGUUUCAAUCCGGUGACCCGUGACGAACUACCUCGACUACACGUCUCCGUGUCCAUUCUCUGUCACUUUGAGGACGGCGAUAACUUCCUGGAUUGGGAAAUCGGCGUACAUGGCAUUCGGAUUGAGUUCUACACAGAACGUGGGAGCAAGAAGAAAACCGCUACCUACCUGCCAGAUGUCCCACCAGAACAGGGUUAGUGGGAACGUCUUUUUUGUUAUUG